AAGUUGGUCUUUAACUUCCGGGUAGAACUUUGCACCAAUUUUGUUUUGUUUAUUUACACGUUUUAUCUCCAAGUGAUCCCCACGUAUUCUGAAGCAGCUGUCAUGUGAUACUGAGACUAUGGCAACAGUUUUCUGUGAGGUGGAGUUUGAUGACCUACUCUUCCUGGAGAAGGCAGGUGGAGGUACAUUUGGUAGUGUGUACAGAGCAAUAUGGAAGCCAUACGAGAUGGAGGUUGCAGUGAAAAAACUGCUGGUACUUGAUAAGGAGGCCCAGGUGUUGAGUGUAUUAUCUCACAGAAAUAUCAUCAAGUUUUAUGGAGCUGUCACAGAGGAACCAAACUACUGUUUAGUUACAGAGUUUGCCAGUAAUGGGUCGCUAUAUGCAUAUCUUCAGAAUCCUGAAAAUCAUCUCGACUUUGAACAGAUAUUGAAAUGGGGCAAAGAAAUAGCUCUAGGAAUGAAUUAUUUGCACAGGGAAUCUCCGGUCAAGGUCAUACACAGAGACCUUAAAUCUAAAAAUGUUGUGAUUUCACAAGAUUGGAUAUGUAAGAUCUGUGAUUUUGGAGCGUCAAAAUUUAUGGGUGGCACCACAAAGAUGUCCCUUGCGGGAACAUUUCCAUGGAUGGCACCUGAGGUUAUACAGAGUCAGCCAGUGUCAGAGUUCUGUGACACCUGGUCUUAUGGUGUGGUGUUAUGGGAACUGCUGACACACGAGGUACCGUUCAAUGGUAUAGAGGGCUUCCAGGUAGCCUGGCUGGUUGUAGAGAGAGGAGAGAGGCUGACGAUACCAAGCGAGUGUCCACCGUGUUUUGGGAAAAUAAUGACCCAGUGUUGGGAAUUAGAGCCUAAAAAACGUCCGUCCUUUAGACAGAUCCUCACUAAACUUGACAUCAUACUGGAAGAUGAGUCAAUGCAAGAUGUUACCAAUUCUUUUCUGGAUCAUAAGAACAUAUGGCAAAUUGAAAUAGAAUCGACUUUAAGUAGAUUGAAGAAAGCUGAAAGUCAGUUAACAAGUAAAGAAAGACAGUUACGUGAAAAGGAGAUACAACUGAUGGCAAGAGAGAAAGAUUUGGAGCAACAACUUUAUGUAGCAGCACUUGAUUCCCAUGAUGUAAACACCUGGACUGAAUAUGAUGUGCACCAGUGGAUUAAACAAAUGUCUCUCGCUCACAAUGUGGACUUGUUGGAAUAUGCAGAUAUGUUUCUACAUCAUCAUGUAACUGGGAAAUAUUUACUGAACCUCACUCAAGGUGAUCUCAGCAAUAUGGGUAUCAAAUCUCUCGGACAUAGAUUUGAAUUAUUUACAGAGAUUGAGCUACUCAAGGCCCACAACUACAGACUGCUUAACUUUCCUCCUCUAGCACAGGUAUCAAAGACUGAAGGAACAAAAGAGAAAGAAUCCCAUACUGUAAAGAUAACAUUGAUAUUUGGCCAUCAUCUGAGACUAGGGCAUUCAAACAAGGAGCAUAAAUGGAAGAUGUACAUGGAAAUAGACGACGAUGAUGAUGAUAACGAUGACAGUGAUGUUGGAGACAAAGACUUUAACAUCCUUACAUGUAUAAAGGAUGUGACCUUCACAUAUAAAGGGCACCAGGGGUCAUUCAAGGUCACCCAUCCCCCGUAUAUAAUGGAGAAAUGGAGUGUUGGGAUAGAAAAAGAUAUGCAAGUGGAGUGUAUUGUAAAUUUUGAGAACAAAGUGAAGAAGCCAAAGUCUUGUAGAUAUAUACACCAGCUUAACACUAGUGGUGCUAAUGCAGGUCAAAAGGUUGUGGCCUUGACAUUAAACGGGGUCAAUGAAGAGUCUAGUCUAACCCCAACAUUAACAAUUACCAAAAAGGAAAUAAAACCAAGCCAAAGUACUCCACACUUACAAGGUGCUUGGGUUGACAGAAAUACAUUCAUUCCUGUAACAACUCCGGAGAAGAAAGGUUCUCCAGAUGUUUGGGCCAGUAUUGUUGCUGGAAGACGUCCAUCAUUUCUUGACAACCCUAAACCUAGACAUGUUCCUGGUACCACCAUGACACUACAUGCUCCCUUAAAUCAUCAGAAUCCAGGGCAGCUAUCAUCAUGGCAACAGGGUCAGUCAGUGCAGACUGGGCAACCGUUGUCACCAGCAACCAUUACAAAAUCACCUUCCUCUCCUGCUUCUAUUGGUAGUAAGAAUUCAUACCAGUCUCCUGGUCAGGUGUCACCAGGGCAACACAUGUAUCCAUGGUAUCAGGGAGGUCAUUCAAGUGCAAGUGAAGGUCAUCUGUUACAAGGUCAAACUUCAGGUUAUUUAUCUCCAGGACAGAUACCCCAUUCUAGUCAUACACCACUAGCUGUUUUACCCGAUGCAGAAGAAAAUGUUGAACAACAAGAUCCUAAUAUUGGAACAUCAGACUUGACUGGAGGCCAAAAGUCAAAGGUCACUUUUUCUUUGACAGAUUCAUCAUCAUCAAAAAGUACUGAGAGUGGUUUCAGUGAACAUGUUGCUAAGUCCACAGAGACAUAUGCUUCAGUUUGUACAAAAUGUAAAGCUUCUUUAGAUGAACUUGGUAACCAUGGAAACAAAGGUUUUAAUUCUUCUGAAAGAGAAAAGAAUAGAAAUAGAGGAUAUAAAUUUGUACAUGAUGGAAGUAGGACUAGAAGUUGGUCUGAUGCUGGUGCAAGAGGCCAAGGUCGUGGAUUUAGGGGUCACAGAUAUCACUAUGGAGACCAUGAUAAUAGGGGAUACGAAAAUAGGAAUAGAAGCGGGAGUUGGAACACUGAUAAUAGGGGCAAUGUAAAAAGCGACAUAUCAAAGAAGAAUAAUAAUAAAGAACAUUAUCAUGAAAGAAGAAACGAUAAUUACCAGAGAGGUAGAGGUCAAGGUCGUUUUCCAAGAAGAGAUCAGAGAGGUCAUUACCAUGAAAACAGAAAUUUUAGAAAUAGAUAUGAAAAUGAAAGUAAAGGUGCUAGUAGCGAACAUGUAAUUGAAAGGGAGACUAAUCGUUCGACAUUGCCUGUUAGACGUUCAGUUAGCUCCCCUGAUAAAACUUACGAUAAAGAAUAUACUCAUUUCCGAUUUAAUACAGGUGAUAAUAAAAAUAUUCCUAAAAAGGAAUAUUCAGACAAUGUGAAACCAGAGUCGGACGAUGAUAAUCAUAAUAAAACCUGCCCAAGUUUAAUGGUUAAAAUGACUAUAAAUGACAAUGUUGUGACUUCAGAGCAGUCUGAUCAGGCUAUAUCUCGUAACAAAUCUGACAGCUUGCAUGAAUCGAAUAACAAUGAGAAUCAGUCACCAGGUGAGAACUGGACACAUGUUGAUCACAAGAAGAAAAAACAUGUGACUGGUUCUCAAGAUGAUUUUUCAUAUAGGAGGGACCAUCAUGAUACUGAAUUUAGUAGAGGUAGGGGGUACAGUCAAAGGUCAGGAAAGCAUUAUGGGAAUUUUCAAAGGGACAAUCGGCCUGGGAGGGGAAGAGACUCAAAUAUGGGCAGGGGUGCCCAUAGGGGUUUUCAUAACUAGUCAUUGAAUAAUUUAAGAAAUUUUUCAUAGAAUCACAGGUCAUAUCUUUUUGUAUUUAUUUGUAAUAUUUGUUUAUUUUUUGUUCUGUAAUUUUGCUUUCAAAAUCUUUACUAUUGCUUAAAGUAAAUAUAUGACUUUUUAAAACAUCUUUAUUUCUGCAAAAAACAAAAAUGGCAUUUUGAAGUGUGGGGCUAAAGGACUGAUUUGUGUUCAAAAAAUAAACUAUUCGAAACUUUCCAGUUUUACAGUACAAUACAUGCAGACACAUAUUAUUUUUUCCCAGGUAUUAUUAAAACUAUCUGGCCAGUGUUAUAAUGACAGCGGUUGUGUAUUAAUUUGCAUACAGAUAAUUUGCAUACAGUUGAAACAUGUGAACACAAUGCUAAAUAGAAUUUUUUGAUACAGUUGCUUUCAAAAUUAUACUCUGAUUUUUUUUCUUAAUAUUCCCACUGCAUUUUGUUUUGCAGUGACUAAUUUUACAUUUCUGGAUAAAAUUUAGCCUGUAUACUUAACAUAAUGGGAUAUAAUGAAAUGGACAGGCAAAGUUUGUAGGUAGGUUUAUUUCCAUUGGGCGAGUUCGGUAAGGAGCGCCUAGAAACACAUAUGCAGGGAGUGGAGGUCACAUGGUUAAGAUAUUAGCCUAUCAUCUCAGAAGUUGUGUGUUCCAGCUGCACUGGGGUCACGACUGUACGUUAUCAAAUGAUGCCCAAAUUUGGUUUUUCCAGGAAGCAGGCUCAAGAGUGAUCAAAAUAAGGUUCAGCUGUUCAUCACAGUCAUACUGUAAUAAAUUCAUACAAAUUAAACCUUUACUCAUUCUCCACCUUUGUGAAAUGUUGAGAAAUUGUUGAGAAUAUGUUUAUACUUGACAGACAUCUUAACCUUUACCCUGCUAAAUUUCUAAAAUGGACUGGUCCUUCAUUCAAUUUGGACAAGACCAUUUAUUAUUCGAAGGAGUGUUCACUCAAAAUUUACUGACUAAACAACGAACAGUACAGACCAAGAAGAGCCUGUAUGGAUAGGCUCAUCUUGGACUGCACCGGUCACAAAAGUAAAAUCACUUGCCAUCAGCAGGCUAAAGGUUAAGGACAUGAUAACUGCCAUGUUGCUACAGCAUUGUUACAAACAAUGCAAUAACACAGUACAAAUGAGCCGUGCCAUGAGAAAACCAACAUAAUGGCUUUGCGACCAGCAUGGAUCCAGACCAGCCUGCGCAUCUGCGCAGUCUGGUCAGGCUCCAUGCUGUUCGCUUUUAAAGCCUAUUGGAAUUGGAGAAACUGUUAGCGAACAGCAUGGAUCCUGACCAGACUGCGCGGAUGUGCAGGCUGGUCUGGAUCCAUGCUGGUCGCAAAGCCACUAUGUUGAUUUUCCCAUGACACGGCUCAAAUUAAAAACCAGUGCAAACACAUGAUUACCUCAUGAUUGAUAACGUUCAGUUAAUAUAUUUGAGCCACACCAUGAGAAAACCAACAUAGUGCAUUAGCGACCAGCAUGGAUCCAGUCAGGAGCAAUGCUGUUUGCUAUUGGUUUCUUUAAUUGCAAUAGGCUUUGAAAGCAAACAGCAUUGAUCCUGACGAGACUGCGCGGAUGCGCAGGCUGGUCUGGAUCUAUUCUGGUCGCAAAUGCAUUAUGUUGGAUAUCUCAUGGUGUGGCUCAUAUAUUAUUUUUAGCUUACCUUUACUUUGUUCAGGACCAGCUAUUGGUAUAGAUGGAUGGUCCAUUGUCCAUUGUCCUACAACAUUUUCUCUGAAACUACUGGUCAGAAUUACGGUACUCCAAACCAGGUCAGUAUCACCUUGGCAUGGCCAUCUCUACAGUUCAUUCAUAUAGAUCUACUUGGGCCCUUUUAAGGGCCGCCAGAGCUAUUAAGAUCUGUCACAGGAGACAGCACACUUGAUUAUUUUGAUGCUGGAUAGGGAAACGGCACAUCAGAGGAAACUGGAGAGAUAUCUUGAGUGUUAAUGACUCCAAUGUGGAUGACGAUAUUGGACAAUGGCUUGAGUCUGUGUCAAAUGAAUGUAAUAAUAACAGAAAUAGAGGUACAUUAAUUUAUUAUAAAAGGAACACAUGGAAUAAUUCUGCAAGAGUUAUGCACCAUGUGUCAUAUAUUGUGACUAAUAAUGUGCAGCAAGUAUAAUAUAAGUAAUCAAAUCCCUGUUGAAAUAAUUUAUAGUGAAAAUUUAUCAAAAACUAAACUUCUAUGUAAAAAAGGGGCAUAAUUCAAGAAAAACUGACAUCACAGUUAUGGACCUUGUGUCGUAUGAUGUGGGUGAUGAUGUGUAACAACUAUGUACAAUUUGAAUCAAAUCCAUUAAGUUAUAAAAGAAACAGAGUGAAAGUGCAUCAAACUCAAACCUGAAAAUAAAAGUAAAAAAAGGGGCAUAAUUCAUGUAUUUGUGCAGGUGAUGAUGUUGAGCAGCUAUUAUAAGUUUGAAUCAGAUCAAUUGAGAAGUGACAAAGAUAUAGAGAAAGUGCAUCAAACUUAACCAAAAUUAUGUUGAUGUUGUUACUAGUAUAGGAGAUGUUGGUCAAAUUCACUUGGUCUAUAAUAGGUAAAGAAAGAAGAAAUUUUGAUGAGCUAGCAUGUGAUGAAAAGAAUAAUAUGUUUGUACCUUUCCAUAUUGAAUUUGUUAAUCUUGAUGAAAAAAAUCGAUAAAAUGCUUCGCAGAGUCUCGCAUUUUAUUAUUAUAUAUUCAACUCUUAACAAAUUCAAUAUGAAAAGACACUCGUGUAAUACUCUCUAUAUAUGUCGUGUUCACAUGUAAAUGUAUUUAAGGCUGUGACAAAACAUUCAGCAAAACAUACAUGCACAGCAUAUAAUUUCAGUCUCAAAGAAAAACACUAGGUCCCUGGGAAUAUGAGAGAUAUAAAACUCCAACUGUACGUUUAAUUUGCAAAUAUUACACUAGCUAAGCCUGACUGACUGUACUGUUUCUGUGUUUAAUCAUUCAAAAUAGGACCGUGCAAAAAUAUCUCAAAAGUACAGUAAUAUUACUCAACAGGCCACAGGAGUUACGGCACCGAAUAGUGGUAUGUUUUUAAAGACAUGUAAUUUCCUGCCGCAAAUAAAGGGAUAUUACAUUAAAUCAUUUCUGCAGCUCUUUUUUUAAAAAAUUGUGCAGUGUUUGUAGAAAAAAGUGAUUGUUUAAGUUGAAUUUAUUGUCAGAGAUCUAUUUUGUAGAGAUGGGGGAAUGUAUGCACCAGAAAUAGCCUUAUACCAGUGUUCUAUGUUCUUAGCAAUACUCACUUUAGAAUAAUUAGACAGUCAUUUUUUUCUUGCAUCGAAAGACAAGCUUGGACCUUUGAUUGAAGGUUGUUAGUUUUAUCUUGAAUGUUUUUUCUAUGAGAGGGUUUGUGUAUGUUUAUGAAAUAAUCAAGAUUUUCAGACUGUUGUUAAUAUAUGUGUUGGGAAUUUAUCAAUUAUUAAUUAUUCAGGUUUUAAUGUUUACACAUUUGUAGCAUUUUUAGUUCAUUUCCAGAUAUUAUUUGAAAGUACCAGUGUAUCUGUAUUAAGUUCUUUUCAAGAUUAUGAUUUUAUGUAUUAGUAUUUUUACAGAAAAUUUUUAAGAGAUGUUUUUUGUAGAUGCUUCACUCAAAAACUUGUACCUGGUAUAUUUCAAAAGUUACUGCAUUUGUUUAAAUAUACUUUUGUGUCUGUUCAUAUAGUAGUUUAAUUUAGUUCUCAAGUAUAUGUUACAUUGCACAAUAUGCAUCCUUGAUUUUUUUCUGGGGCAGAUUCACCCAUACUGGGGAUACCGCCAGUACCUCACUGUCUCUUGGCUCGUGUUUAAUGUCAUCAUUGGCCCACUUCAAGCGCACGGGGUCCCCAUGGCCGAGUUGUUUUAGGUUGCUGACUUCAAAUCACUUGCCCCUCACCAUUAUGGGUUCAAGCCUCGCUCUUGGAUGUUGAAUUGUUCAUGCGAGGAAACCAUUCAACUGGCUUACGGAAUUUAGGUUCUAGGCAAGUGUCCCCCCAUGAUAAAGUUAUGCACAGAGGGGCACCUUAGGUCUUCCUCUACCAGAUGACCUAUAACUGUGUCCGUGCAACUUUAAACCCAACAAAAAAAAAACUACUUCAAGUUUACGUGGCUAUGGCGAUGCAAUUGGAAUUCUUUCUGUACAUUAAAGCUACUCAGGAGGUUCUGUCAGGGAUGUAGCCAGCUCCUAAUGGAUUUGUGGGCACAAAUAAGUGGGGUUUAAGGGGGCCACAGUCUGCCUGGAAAUGAUUAAAUUGUAGAACAUAUAUCUUAUGUAUUUUGGCAUAUCUAUUUGGAGAUGUAACCUAACCUGCUUCGAAAUUGUUAAUGCUGUAAACCGUUGUCAUGACAAACUUGGGCGAGCCUUGGCAUUUUUGCCAAGCAGGUAGCUACUGUAUACGCCUGAUUUGACAUGAAAUUUAUUUUAUUUCUAUAUAGAGGAAUACAAUGGAAUGAAGACAUAAAAUUUAGAAUGUUGAUUUUGCUUGUAAUUCAUCCCUCCUAAACAAGGAUUUUUACUUUAUUAUGUCAGAAUAUUGCAUGUCAAGUUGAUAAUUAAAGAUCACUUAUAAUAAACAUAAUUUAUAAAAAUGAUUGUGAUAAUUUUAUGUUUACCAAAAAACUAUGUGUCAGAUGUUGAGGUACGUCUUGUAAGCGAGUGCGCCUGACAUGCAAGGACGAAGCUUAAAAACUUUUAUUUAUGUCAGAGAGAUAAUUGUUAAUAUACCAAAGAGACAUUCCGGAGAGGUUUUGUUAUUAGGCUGUAGGUAAUUAUGUUGUUUACCUCUUUUUUUUUUAUAACUGUGUUUGUUUAUCUUGUUUAGUUUUUAAGAAACAAACUGUGUGCUUUACCUCAUUCACAGUGCUUAAUUGAUUCUUUACGAAGAAUUUAAUUAUGUUUAAGAAUUUAGCGAUGUUUUUCUUAAUUGCAUUAUUUAGAAUUUAAUUUACCCCAUGCACAAGGCAAGUGAUUAAACAGGGUAAAAUGUAGAAAAUGUAAAUCAAGUUGCUUCUUGACAUGAGACGGUUUUGGAAUUCUGCACUUACUUACUGAUAAAGUUUUAAGUUGUUUUUUGUUAUUCUGAAGAGACAUUGUCACAAUUUUGAUAUUGUGAAGUCCAGCAUGCUGUUAUAAAAAAGUUGUGUUUUUGUAUAGAAGGAAGUAUUGAUAUAAGGAAGUAUGAAUUGUAUAUGAGUGGUAUAAGGCAGUAUGGAUUGUAUAUUAGUGGUGUAAGGAGCUAUGGAUUGUAUAUUAGUGGCAUAAGGAAGUAUGAAUUGUAUAUGAGUGGUAUAAGGAAGUAUGAAUUGUAUAUGAGUGGCAGAAGGCAGUAUGGAUUGUAUAUGAGUGGUAUAAGGAAGUAUGAAUUGUAUAUGAGUGGUAUAAGGAAGUAUGAAUUGUAUAUUAGUGGUAUAAGGAAGUAUGAAUUGUAUAUUAGUGGUAUAAGGAAGUAUGGAUUGUAUAUGAGUGGUAUAAGGAAGUAUGGAUUGUAUAUGAGUGUUGUAAGGAAGUAUGGAUUGUAUAUGAGUGGUAUAAGGAGCUAUGGAUUGUAUAUUAGAGUGGCAUAAGGAAGUAUGAAUUGUAUAUGAGUGGUAGAAGGCAGUAUGGAUUGUAUAUUAGUGGCAUAAGGAAGUAUGAAUUGUAUAUGAGUGGUAUAAGGAAGUAUGAAUUGUAUAUUAGUGGUAUAAGGAAGUAUGAAUUGUAUAUGAAUGGUAUAAGGAAGUAUGGAUUGUAUAUUAGUGGUAUAAGGAAGUAUGAAUUGUAUAUUAGUGGUAUAAGGAAGUAUGGAUUGUAUAUUAGUGGUAUAAGGAAGUAUGAAUUGUAUAUUAGUUGUAUAAGGAAGUAUGAAUUGUAUAUGAGUGGUAUAAGGAAGUAUGAAUUGUAUAUUAGUUGUAUAAGGAAGUAUGAAUUGUAUAUGAGUGGUAUAAGGAAGUAUGGAUUGUAUAUGAGUGGUAUAAGGAAGUAUGGAUUGUAUAUUAGUGGUAUAAGGAAGUAUGAAUUGUAUAUUAGUGGUAUAAGGAAGUAUGAAUUGUAUAUUAGUGGUAUAAGGAAGUAUGGAUUGUAUAUUAGUGGUAUAAGGAAGUAUGGAUUGUAUAUUAGUUGUAUAAGGAAGUAUGGAUUGUAUAUGAGUGGUAUAAGGAAGUAUGGAUUGUAUAUGAGUGGUGUAAGGAAGUAUGGAUUGUAUAUGAGUGGUAUAAGGAGCUAUGAAUUGUAAAUUAGUUGGUAUAAGCAGUUAAGAAAUGUAUUGAUUGUAUAUUGGUUGUAUAAGAAAGUAUGAAUUUGAAAGACAGGACACGUGUUUUCGUCAGGGGUCCACUUUUUGCUCAGUUUCCUUUAACUGGAAAAAGAAAAUACAGAUUGUAUCAAACUUGGUCAUUUAUUUUACUGAUACUGUUCACUGUUGAAUUGACAAAACCUGUGAUAUACAUACUAAGAUAUUGUGGUUUUUAUUCUGUAUAAGUCACAAACAUUUAUUUUUGUACAGUUUUAUAGAAGAGAUUUGUUUCAGAUAAUCACUCUGUUUGGAAAUAAAAUAUACGACCUCA